CGUCGCCAGCGAUUUGACGCGUGAUAGGAGACGAUUAACGCGCGCGGAGCAAAGCAGCAGCAUGAGCAUAUCGAGCGCGGGGAGAAUGGCGGGCGUGUCGGGUUUGAUGUUGAGGGCGUCGUACUGGACUCUCAAGGGGUCCAAGUGGACUCUUUGGGUGUCUAUACCUAGAGCUUGCCGAGAAGUGCAUCGAGGGAGAUCUGUCCGAGGGCUUAUGCGCGUUCCUGCGUCGAGCAUGGCGGUAUGCGCGACGGAGUCAUCCACAGUCGAUGCGAAGAGCGAAAGUGCGAGCACAAAUGAGGAUCCUACAGUACGGGGUCUUUCUCCAAGGGCAGAGAUUCGAUGGCGCUUUGAUUCGCGCGCGAAGGUUUCGGGGCGUUGCUGGCGGGGACGAGGCCGACAUAGCGAGACAAGUCGAGCGCGGCAAAUGGUCGAUGCCGGUGAGGUUAAUUCAGGGUCUCCCACUGCGGAAAGCUCGGGCGCCACGCGUGAUGGUGCAAUAGAUUGCUGCAGCGACGCCUGGCCCGCCAGUACGGAGAUAACCAGUGUGAGAGAAAGACGAAGGUAGAGACUGACUUUUUCCUAGCAAAGUUCUAGCCGGUAGGUAUCGUAAGACCGGAGCCAGCACCCCGAACUAUGAAGUGCGCAGGCGUAGAAUUGGGGAAGGCGAACAGCAUCGUUGAGUCUGGAAACGAAGAAGUGGCGCGCCGCCUGCGCGCAAGAGUUGUAAGAUGGACUGGUAUUGUCCGUGGUUGUUGGCAAUUAUGGGCCCUGCUAUAUGUUGCCUGCUUUUGAGGAAGGAGACGAAUAUUAGACGAAGACGAUGAGCGAUCCGGCCUUUGGAUACUUUGAUGUAAGGCGCUCCAAGGUUAUAGAACUGCUGCAGCAGCUUCCGAAGACAAGACCGAGCGUUGGCGCCCAGUCC